AUUGCUGUCUUUGCAGAUGAGGGGGUUGAGGCUUUGAGACUAGAAUAGCUUAGCUCAUGCCUUCCCUUGGGGAAAGAGCCUAUGGGUAUGCACAGUGAGCCACGUGGGACAGUGCAUAGCCUGAGACCAGAUAUUCAGUGUUUGGUCCAUACCUGGGAACUGUGGCUGUGCCUGCUAAUCAAAGAGCUGCCUUGUUUUCAGGCUUCUCAGGACAGGAAAUUCCAAGGUGGUUUUCUAUGCUGGCCUCUCUUGUUAGGUCUCUGGAGGAUCCUGGUACCUAAAAUGACUUAAAGAAGGAAUCAGAUCAGCCUGCCUGUCCGGCUCUCUGAUUAUUGAGGGGUUGCUGCUGUUUGGCGUGGUCUGGGUUGCUUUGGGCUCAAGUGGGCAUUUUCUUUGGCCCAUAGCCCUUAUUCUGUCUCUAAAAUGGUUCUGGCUGAAUAACAACCUUGGGGGAGUGAGUGGGGGGUGUAAUUUGGUUUGGGGCGGAGACAGGAUUAAGAACACAGUUCUCCUUGUACUCAGCACAGAGGGAGGGCAGAAGGAGUCUGGAGACCCCAUUUCUCACUUUGGUCAUUCUUGGUCCAUGAUGGUGUGGUUCCCAGUGCUCCUUGGGGUCAUCUUGUCUGUUUUCCCAGGGCCUAUCGAGGCUGAACGUGACAUGCCCAAGCUGGCUGACUGGAAGCUGUGUGCGGAUGAGGAAUGCAGCUAUCCUAUCUCCGUGGCUGUGGCCCUUCAGGACUACAUGGCCCCUGAUUGCCGCUUCUUGAACAUAUAUAGGGGCCAAGUGGUGUAUGUCUUCUCCAAGCUGAAGGGCCGUGGGAGACUCUUCUGGGGAGGCAGUGUUCAGGGAGAUUACUAUGGAGACCUGGCUGCCCGCCUGGGCUAUUUCCCCAGUAGCAUUGUUCGGGAGGACCUGAUUCUGAAACCUGCCAAAAUUGAUAUGAAGACGGACGGUAUGUACCCAGGCUGGCCUCAAAAUCACUAGCCUUCAGCUUCAGCCUCUUGAGGGCUGCUUCGUUUUCAGAAAUGGGAUUUCUACUGCCAGUGAGCUCAGCCUAUUCUUGUCCCUGCAGUGUAUCUUCCUGGCUUUGGUUUUAUGCAAAUACAACAGCCAACUGCAAA